AGGAGGAGGAGGAGAAGAAGGCAGGCCUUGGUAGGCAAGACUGGAACAAUCCGAACGGCUGUCAUGCUGCAAAGAUUGGAACAAUCCUAGCGGCUGUCAUGCUCUCUGAAAUGCCCACAGCCAGAUCCUGUUCAGAGUUGGCUGCCCCUUAGAUGCCCCAUUGCCUUAGAUGUCCCAUUGCCUCGGAAUACUUUAUUUCAGUGGGAAAAGCCCUCGAAGAGCUGAAAGGGAGAAAACGGGAAGCUUAACUCUGCCCUUUUAAAGGCCCUUUCCGCACAUGCAGAAUAAUGCACUUUCAGUGCACUUUGCAGCUGGAUUUUAUUGCUUUUUCAACUCUGAUCAUCUACUUCAUUCUGCUGUAAGCUUUGGGUUUCUUUGUAUCUGGUUACUGGCAUAUUUAAUCACUGCCAGUCUAACUUUGUUGAUAUAUCUGCUUCUCCAGAUCCCUCUUCUCUAGUUAAUUUUCUUUUCAAACGCUUGUCGUCCUUUGAAAGGAUAUUCUGGAGUAUCGAAAAUAUGUUCGUCAUUGUUAAAAAUAAAAUUGACCAGGGGCGUAAAUUCGAAUUCAGCCAGGUGGACAACCCAACGUGUCUUGGCUUUGGUGAAAACUCCGUUGGUUUUUCUUAGAGUUCCCAACUGUUACAAAUAAAGACUGUUCGAAGAAAAUGUGUAUAUCCCUGUGACUUUCCUUCAGGGAAAGCUAUAUUGAUUUGAUCGUUUCAUUAAUUUCCAAAGUUCUUUGCAGCUAUUCACCGAUUGGAGGCUGACUACAUCUUUUCCAUUCAUGAGCAGUUGUUAUGUUCUCAGCUGUUAUGUCAACUCUUAUUUUUCACAUCUUUUGAGAAGCUCAGGACAGCAUAUAUGGUUCAUCCGUUGUCUCACAACAACUCUGUAGGGUAGGUUAGGCUGAAAGAGAAGAACCGGACCACAGUUACCAUGUGACCUUCAUGGCGAACUUGAAAUUGGAAUUCCCUUCUCCCCAGCCUUAGAGCAAUGCUUUAACCAUCACGCAGAACCAACCAAGUAUGUUUAAUAUAAUUAUGUCCAUGUGACAAAAUAGGAGCCUACCAACUGUUACAUGUUCUUGCACUUGCUAAAAAGGAAGGCAAAGGGAGUGUCACUCAAGGAAUGCCAAUCUUUCCAUACCCGGAAUCCACUGAGAAGGGAACCUACAGGAAGUUGUUGACAUCAGUGUCACAUGACCGGAAAGGAGAAGACAGGCCAGAACAUCAGGAAGGGGGAAGACAGGCUGGAGUCUGCAACCUGCGGCUCUCCAGAUGUUCAUGGACUACAAUUCCCUUCAGCCCCUGCCAGCAUGGCCAAUUGGCUGGAACAUCAGGCCAGAACUGAGAGCUAGAACAUCAGGCCAGAACUGGGCUAGAACAUCAGGCCAGAACUGAGUGCAGACAAAUUGUCUGAUUUCUUAACGCACUUUUGAUAAUGGUUAUAGGCUAAACGGGAUCUUUGAAUUAAAGGACUUGCCAAGACUCAAGGCACACUUUGGAUCUGAGAUUUAAAAGAAAACAGCUGAUUGAAAUAGAGUGUUAGAAAUGAUUAAGUCUGUAACUGACAAAUUGUUCUAUUUUAAAUAGAUGCAUGAGCCUAGAGUGGAUUAGAAUUCAACAAUGAGAUAACGGAAAGUCAUUGUUUGGUGUUACGAUGUGUUGUUUAAUUGGUCAUCAUAGGUUGAGUCUAGUCAUUGAAUGAGUUAUGUUUUAAUUCUUUUGUGUGUAUUUUUCUUUUUUAAAUUUUUGUUUUGUAUUGAUGUGGUAGGGGUGUGAAAGUGUUUUUGUGGGGUUUUUUUUUGUAUGCUGAGAAAACAUUCAUUUUGCAAAGCCAGAGCUAAGACUGCUUUGGUGUAUGAGGCUAAGAGGUUCAACUGUUGAAGAGUGUUAGCAUGGAAUGGUUGACUGGAGGUUCAACCGAUGAAGAGUGUUAGCAUGGAAUGGAACGUGCAAAAUAUUGUGAGGGAGAUGCCCCUAGAAAUGGAGCUUACCUAAGAAUGAUUUUCUACACUUCUUACAGCUGAAAUUUUAGAAUCAAAAAUAGAAGCACAUUUUAUUUUUACAUACUGAAAGGGUUUACUUAUCUACUAAGUGUCCAGAAACCACUAGAUCCUAGAAGGGAUAAAGACCUUAUUUCUGCCCAGUUUCACGUCUGCCGUGUCCCAUUCUGUCCAGCAUACAUCUGGUACAUUGGUGUAGGUUCAGUUCACCUUCUGGCUAACUAAGCUGUGCUCCCAUCCACUACAGCAGUGGUGUGGUCCACUUUAAGAAUCCAAAACAUUGCAGCGAACUGGUCAAAGGCAAAGUGUACAGAACUGAGAGUUCUUUGACAUAGAGGGAGUUUUAUCUAGGAGCUGCACCUGAUCACAAGAUGGAGCUGAGUACUGAUCAGGGUCUGUAUGAUCCCAAAAUAAACACAGAAGCCCCUUCCGCACAUGCAGAAUAAUGCACUUUCAGUCCACAUUCACAAUUGUUGGCAAGUGGAUUUUGCUAUUCCGCACAGCUGCAAAGUGCAUUGAAAGUGCAUUAUUCUGCAUGUGCAGAAGGGGCCAGUUAAAUAGAAACCUUUGUUUAUUUCCCACCCUUCCUUUCCUGUGCUCAGGUUCUGAUGAGUCUUGAGUCUAAUUUUAUUUAAUGCAUCUCAAAAUGAACAUAAAAUUACAAGCAACGCUGUCAGAGGGAGUGGGAGAGGGGGAGGAAAUCCUUGCCUGCCUGUUAAAAUGUCAUUCAUAGCAGCGCUACCUGCCUUUAUAGGUAGAAAAGGGUUUACCUUGAUUUUUUUUUCCAGUAGCCCUUCACAGCCCGCCAGCAAAAAUAAAAAAGGAACCACAGAGCCCAUGUUCAGAAGCAUCUGGAUCUUGUAGACACAGGCAGCCAUUUCAGUACCAUAAUGGAGAGCAGUGCUUUUAUGCCAGGCAAGACUCAAAUUUCAUGAGCUCCCAAGGCCCAGCUCAGGCUAUACCUGGCCGGACAUACCUUAUGGAACACAGAUCCUUGUACCAGCUGCCUACCGAGACAGGCCAACCCUUCUCCACCGCACAAGGCUUGGGAGCGGAUGCCCCAACUGCAUACCAGCGCCCGUUGUCUGCCCCCUGCCUGCCAUACCCCCCGCAGGGCUUCAAGCAGGAAUUCCAUGACCCCAUGUAUGAGCAGGCGAACACAGCAGGCGGCGGCAGCUCCCGGUACACAGCAGGAAUGGUGAUCAAGCAAGAGCAGAUGGAUUACGGUUUUGAUGCAGAUAUUCCCAGCUGCCAUUCGAUGUACGCAAACAUGGAGGGAUUCCCGAGUCAUUCCAACCUGGAUGGGUACAGUUAUGAGAAGCAAAUGCGACCGUUUGCUGACGAGGUUUGCGUCGUCCCGGAGAAGCUUGAAGGAGACGUCAAGCAAGAAGUGGGCAGCUACCGUGAGGGUCCUCCUUAUCAACGGCGGGGGUCUUUGCAGCUCUGGCAGUUCUUGGUCGCUUUGCUGGAUGACCCCAGCAACUCCGACUUCAUUGCCUGGACUGGCAGAGGGAUGGAGUUCAAACUCAUUGAACCAGAAGAGGUGGCACGUCUUUGGGGUAUGCAGAAGAACCGGCCAGCCAUGAACUACGACAAGUUGAGUCGCUCUCUUCGUUACUAUUAUGAAAAGGGGAUUAUGCAAAAGGUGGCUGGCGAGCGUUACGUGUACAAAUUUGUUUGUGAGCCCGAAGCCCUCUUCUCUCUGGCCUUUCCUGACAAUCAACGCCCACCCUUGAAGGCAGAGUUCAAGUGGCACAUCAGCGAGGAGGACACCGUGCCUCUCACACAUCUCGACGAGGGGGUCGCCUACUUGCAAGAUCUGGGGGGCAAAGACUAUACAUACUGACCAUGUGCGGGCCAAGUUUGUGUGUACAUAUAUAUACAUAUUAUACAUAUAUAUAUAAAGAUCUUUGUCAUUAA